GGUUGUUUAAUGAACGGAGCGCAUAGUGAAGACCCGAGUCUGCGGUGAGAACGCGCUCCUCUUUAUCAAAGCAUACAGAUGGUAGCAGACUACAUAAUAAUUACAGUUGCUCUUACAUAUCUGGUAAUCGAGCAUGCAGGGGACUUGUUGAAAAGGGAAGAGUGAGCAAGAGAGUAUUUUUAGUCUUAAGAACUUGUAGGUUGAUGACUUACUUUCUCAGUUUGAGGAUUUUGGAUACUUCUGCAAAGACCUUUAGGGUUACACACCAGUAAUGUGGGUCUGAAGUACCAGAAGAUCUGAUUUUAACUUGCCCAUAAUUUUGGUAUGAAGAUUUGUAUAUAGCCAUUUAAAAACAUUCAGCUGGGCCAGGGAACAUUUGAUCUGUAACCAGUGUUUACAUAAAACUAUUGACUAGUGUGGGAUUUCUCAAUUCUGGAAUUUGAGCCACUGGACUAAAAGGAAUCUCAGCAGUUAACAUGAGCAACGAAGAGGUCACAGACAUAGCUAAAUGUACACAACCAGCUGUCAUUAAAGAAGAGGUAAUCACAGAAGGAAAAUGGGUAAAACUUGAGCAGACUACCUAUCUUGAUCCUUCUGGAAAAACAAGAACCUGGGAAACUGUGAAAAGAACAACAAAAUCUCAGACUUGUUCUGCUGAUGGUGUAGGAAUAUUUGCUACUUUGAAAAGAACUCUACAUUUUGACUGCCUUGUUAUGGUUAAACAGUUCAGACCACCAAUCGGAUGCUAUUGUCUUGAAUUUCCAGCAGGUCUUAUUGAUCCUAAUGAAACAGCUGGGGAAGCAGCGUUAAGAGAGCUAUUGGAAGAAACUGGGUAUAAAGGGGAAGUGAUUGGCGUUUCUCCAGUAAUUUGUUUAGACCCUGGAUUAACAAACUGUACAACACACAUUGUGACUGUCAACAUUAAUGGCGAUGAUCCAGAAAACAUUAAACCUAAACAGCAGCUUGGUGAGUACCUCUUAAAAAUUGGCAGAGCUGAUGUGGAUUCCUCUGUUCCUCUGAAGAAGCCUUAAGUGGUGCCUUUGGAGUCUUAAUAAUCGCUAAGCAUUUGAUCAGGGAAACUGGCAUUCCUGUUCAGCUUUUUACAUCAAGAUAACAGGCAUAUAUAGCUGUAGACAAUAGAACUGAAGCAUUUCAGAUGACAUCACUAACUAAAUGGUGACCUGUGCAAACAUAGUACAUUUCAGAAUGGCCUUUUUUAAUAUUUCAUAUUUAAAAUAUAUGUCUUUAAUUCAAUUAUUACUAAUUCAGUUCAGUUUUAUUGUCUCAAAUAGGUCACUUGGUUUGUGAAUAAGUUUUUUACAAAGAGACGAUGACAUGACAUUAAAAACACAUUACAAAGAACACACACAUCAAACAUACACGUAGUACAAGAAAAAUGCAAAGUCAAGCACAUUCCUAGUUGACAUGACAGAACUCGUGUCUUAGUUAGCUACAGAAAGCACACGUUUGCUGGAUACUUGAGGCCACUUGAAGAGAGUCAGCAGCACAGUACAGUUAUUAUUACAAUAACAGCAUAACUUGACCUUUUAUGGAUUUUUUUUUUCUUUUUGUUGCCUCACUUUUUCUAAUAUACAGUAAUCCCUCCUCCAUCGCGGGGGUUGCGUUCCAGAGCCAUCCGCGAAGUAGAAACCAUAUGUUUAUAUGGUUAUUUUUAUAUUGUCAUGCUUGGGUCACAGAUUUGCGCAGAAACACUGGAGGUUGUAGAGAGACAGGAACGUUAUUCAAACACUGCAAACAAACAUUUGUCUCUUUUUCAAAAGUUUAAACUGUGCUCCAUGACAAGACAGAGAUGACAGUUCUGUCUCACAAUUAAAAGAAUGCAAACAUAUCUUCCUCUUCAAAGGAGCAAACAAAUCAAUAGGGCUGUUUGCUUUUAAGUAUGCGAAGCACCGCGGCACAAAGCUGUUGAAGGCGGCAGCUCACACCCCCUCUGUCAGGAGCAGAGAGAGAGAGAGAGAGACAGAUAAAAAAAUCAAUACGUGCCCUUCGUGCUUUUAAGUAUGCGAAGCACCGUGCAGCAUGUCACUUCACGAAGCAGCUGCACAGAAGGUAGCCAACGUGAAGAUAAUCUUUCAGCAUUUUUAGACGAGCGUCCGUAUCGUCUAGGUGUGUGAACAGCCCCCCUGCUCACACCCCCUACGUCAGGAUCAGAAAAAGUCAGCGCAAGAGAGAGAGAGAGAGAGAGAGAAAAGUAAGUUGGGUAGCUUCUCAGCCAUCUGCCAAUAGCGUCCGUUGUAUGAAAUCAACUGGGCAAACCAACUGAGGAAGCAUGUACCAGAAAUUAAAAGACCCAUUGUCCUCAGAAAUCCGCGAACCAGCAAAAAAUCUGCGAUAUAUAUUUAAAUAUGCUUACAUAUAAAAUCCGCGAUGGAGUGAAGCCGUGAAAGGCGAAGCGCGAUACAGCGAGGGAUCACUGUAUUAUUAAUGAAUACUUUACCAGCAUAACAGGUUAAGUCUCAUGUGACCUACAUCACAUCAGUCAGGUUUUUUGCUUAUUACAUUUCAUCUGUCUGGGAUUCAAAUUCCAUAUUAGUGUGGUUUGUUUUACUUCUUGCCAUUGUCAAAAUGGAGAUGAAUAUAGUCUACCUUAAAAUUGUGCUUCUAUCUCCAUGAUGUGUAAUCUACCCGUGGAUCAUUUUAGCUUUAAACAAACUGAUAAAUCUCGGCAGACACUUUUUACUUCAUUUGCUGCCAUUAUCAAUGUGAUCAGCAAAUAGAGCUUAUUGGAGUUCACUCAGACCAAUUCUAUAACUUACUGAAUAACAAAUCCUAUGUGGAAAGUUUAGCUCAGACUGAGCCAAAAUCACUUCUGUCCUUAAAAGGCCGUUGUGCUGCAAAAAGUACAGUUCAAUAUUUAAACAAACAGCAUCUGUUGUAGCCUAAAGCAAUAAUCACAUUAAAAAAUGUUUUGGCUUUACUGAUUUGAAGUUAAAAAAAAUCACAGAGAAGAAAUGUGUUAUUCAGUAAAAUGAAAGAAGUGGUGACAGGUCAGAGCCCUGAAGGCUUUGUAUUUGAAGAACCAAAUAACUGAACUAGUAAAAUGCUUAAUGAAAGCGUCAAGAGUUUGUUCUGAAUUUAAGCUGUUUCUUCAUAGGACUUCCAUAAUAACACUAAUACUAACAUCUUAGAAUGGCCUCUUUCAGUGUGUUGAACCUGAUUCCCUCAUCUUUAAGGAACUGACUUGGUGUGCUGUAUAUACAGUACAAGACAUUUACAAAGGGGGCUCAAGAAGCAUUGUGAGAGUAGAUAUUUUCAUACUUUCAUUGUAUUGUUUUAAAAUAAAAACACAUUACACAGAAGUUAUUGUAAUGGAGAAUUUUUCUAGAGCCAGUAGAUAGAUUUUUAUUUUUUAUUUUUAAAGAUUUAGUUUUUAUUCAUCAUUAUAACAGUCACUUAAAUAAAGCAAAUAAAUCCUUUGAAGUUUGUAUGUUAAAUGCAUUGUGUUAUUUGGUUAAUAUAAUGUCAAGUAUUCUCUAAUGUUUACUUAAAUGAUGGCAACAAUGAUAUUCUAUAAAGUCUGUCUGCUGUAUGUAUUCCGUGAAGAUGCACAAUACUUACUAUUUUUCUGUUCUUUCCUUUCAGCUGACGGAGGUAGGUUGGUUUAAUGUUUUGUUGAUCCAGUCAUCUUUUAGUGUGAAAAUACUCCAGUGGACAUUUAUCUUUCAUUUUUUACAGAAUUUGUGGAGGUGAUCCUAAUACCUGUGAACGAGUUUCACAAGAAAAUUGAUGAGAUGGUGAAGAACGAACACAUUGUAGUGGACUCUAAAGUGUAUAUCUAUGCCAUGGGAAUGACUUGUGCAACAGCAAAACCAAACGAGCUGCCAGUUCUCAAAGCCUGAAUUCCCUUCAGACAUCUGUCGCAUUUACACUUUCUAUGCCAAGAGCAUUCCAUAGACGUAUCUUCAUUCAAAGCAAUCAGUACUGGAAAAAAGUUUAUGUGCCUUGUUUGUUUUUGUUUUUU